AUGGGUAGAGAAGGCAAUGACCCCAUUGCUAUUCACUCAUCUAUUGCUUUGUUGCAAGAAAGGUUUAGACAGUUGCAGAGAGUGAAGGAGAUGAGAGAGGAGAGAGAGCUUCUGAUGAAAAAUACUGGAGACCAAGGACGGUUCAGCCCUGCGAUCCAUUACCAGUCAUCCAGGUUGUCCUCCCAUCCUGAAUUGAUCUUUCCUACUCCACCUCCUCCAGAAGUUACUCUCUCCCUCCGGCCAAGCCUGCAGAUCAAGCAUUCCAACUUCCAUGGCGACGAGAACCCAUUGUUGAAGAAUUUACAGCGAAGGGAUGAACUCUUCAUGCGGGCUUCAUUGAAUAAAUUUCAUGAAUCAGACUCUGAUUCUGAUGUUGAUACAUCUCUUCAUCUGUAA